GACGAUGCAAUACAGUGCAUAGAGAUAAAAAUGUUUUACACCUAAUAACAGUCUCGGGUUCGAAUCUCGCGAGGCGAGAUCGUGAAUGCGCAAUUUACCCCCUGACCUUCCCAACUACCACUAAUUAAAUUUCAUAUCUCUUUUAAACACAAUUCUAUGUCGUUUGAACGCACUACAUCUUGUCCUACGGAUUUACCGCUGUGUUCGUAAAGGAAAUACGUCACAGGGUUUUCUCGUUAAUUGGUUCACUUUUAUAGUGACUCCUUUACCUAAUGCAUUAAAGUUCAGAUAAUGUUACACAAUCAAAAUGGUCAGAGUAUGUACAAUCGUCAGUCGUUGCAUCCAGAGAAAGAAUACGGUUACCCCGGUGUUUCUGGUCAGCACGUUUAUGGUGCUUCUAACUCGAAUGUGACAGAUACUUACCCGCAAGGUCAUCCUAACAGCAGCUUCCAGCCACCACCUAACUAUUAUUCUGGGAAUCAAGGACAGACCUUCCAACCACAAUCUCAGCCUCCAUAUUAUUCCGCUCAGUCAAUACAGAGUGUGAAUCAACCACCGUUGCCACCCAUGCCUCCUAUCCCAAACCAUCAGGAUUUUGUUCAACGUCCUCAGCAGCCGCGUCUUCCUCCAAUGCCACCAAUGCUUCCGGGACAUGAGGGAGUUCCACCACCUAGUUAUCGACAACCUCAACCUCCAGGUCCGUUUCCAUUGCCAAAUGGUGCUAACACCCAGAUAAAUACAUUGCAUUCUCAACAGGCAUAUCAAAACGGUCCAGUAUCCAGACAACCACAGUUCUCUCAAAGUAUAAAUGCAGAUAGAUUACCCAGUCCUAUUGAGGUUAUUGAGAGCAAUCGGGCUCAGUGUACUGGACCUUUUUAUACAGGACAACGAGGUGUUGUGCCUCCUCUAGUCACAACUGACUUUAUAUCACGUGACCAGGGUACAUGUGCACCUUGUUUCAUUCGAUCUUCACUAUACUCUGUUCCGAAUUCAUCAGAUCUCCUUAAAACUGUUGGGAUCCCGUUUUCACUUACAAUAUCUCCAUUUGCAGUACAACAUACAGAAGAUAUGAAUGUUGUGAUAAGUGAUAUGGGUCCACAAGGUCCAGUUCGAUGUGUUCGAUGUAAAGCCUACAUGAAUCCCUUCAUGAAUUUUAUUGACGGUGGUCGAAGGUUCCAAUGUCCACUUUGUAAUGGUUUAACUGAAGUUGCCGCUGAAUAUUUUGCUCAUUUAGAUCAUACUGGACGUCGAGUUGAUGCAGGUCAAAGACCUGAACUAUGUUUAGGCAGUUACGAAUUAUUAGCAACAGCGGAAUAUUGCAAAAACAACCAAUUACCUUUACCUCCGGCCAUCAUAUUUCUGCUAGAUGUUUCCCAAUCUGCUAUACGUUCAGGUUUAGUACAGCUAUUCUGUUCCCAGUUUGUAGAACGUAUUCUACCAAAUUUACCUAGGGAAAAAUUUACAUCACCAGAUAUGGUUAGUCCAAUUCGAUUGGGAUUUAUUACAUAUGAUCAUCAACUUCACUUCUAUACUGUACCUCGUGAGUCGUCGUCAUCCACUCAACAAACAUCUGAAUCUACAGAUCAGAACAAUUAUAACUCUUAUGGUAAACCUCAAAUGUAUAUUGUAGCGGAUAUUGAAGAUGUGUUUGUGCCUACAGUUGAAGGUUUCUUGAUACCACCUGAUCCUGCUAUCAUUUCUAGUAUUUUAGAAAUGAUACCUACUCAAUUUUGUACAGAGAAUGCUUUAAACAGACAACCUACAGAUAGUGUAUUAGGCCCAGCUAUCCAAUCUGGAAUGGAAGCUUUACGUGCUGCAAAUCGUUCUGGAAAAUUAUUUGUCAUACAUGCUAAUCUACCGAUUGGUGAAGCACCGGGUAAAUUGAAAAAUCGAGAUGAUCGCCGUCUUAUAGGAACUGAAAAAGAAAAGGUAUAACAAUAGUGGAUGUCAUUUACGUCGUAAUACUUUCAGGGGUAGUGUAAACCUACAACUAAUAUACUUCUAAGUUCUAGCUUGUUAAAGUAGUUAUGACUAGUACGUGUAACGUCCUAAAAUACAUGCUCACGUAUUGUGGCAAAACAGAACUUUACUUCUUCCAGAUAAUGAUUUUUAUGUUGGACUUGGUCAAACAUGCGUAGAAGUUGGUUGCAGUGUAGAUCUUUUUCUUUUCCCUAAUUCAUUUGUUGAUAUUGCUUCUUUAGCCGAAGUGCCCAGAUUGACAUCUGGUCAUUUAUUCAAAUAUAACUGUUUCCAGAUGAUAAAAACGAUGAAAACUUCUUAUUACUAAUACUUACAGGCUGAUUUACAAGGUCAUCAGUUUAUAGCCGAUCUUCAACGUACUUUGACCAACCUACAAGCUUUCAACGCUGUUAUGCGUGUUCGAACAAGUACUGGUAUUAGACCUGUUGAAUUCUUUGGUAAUUGUUACCUACCUAAUACAACUGAUGUUGAGUUGGCUAGUGUUAGUUCAGAUAUGGCAAUCACUGCAGAAUUACGUCAUGAUGAUAAACUUCAAGAAGGUGAACACGUAUUCAUUCAAGUUGCAUGUCUUUAUACUUCAAUAUCUGGACAACGAAGGCUACGUAUUCAUAAUCUGUCAAUUCCAGUGACAAGUAUGAUACCUGAUGUAUUUCGUCUUGUCGAAUUAGAUGCACAUAUGAAUUGGUUGAGUAAAUAUUCAAUGCGUUCUCUACUCAGCCGUACACAUUCACAAGUAAUGGAUGAUUUGACGACAAGAGCUGCUAACACCUUGGCUGCUUAUCGUCGUCAUUGUGCUUGCGGUCCGAAUGAUGUAAAUUCGAAUCCUAGUGAAUUAGUAUUACCACAAAAUAUGAAAGUAUUUCCUUUGUACAUACAAUGUCUUAUGAAAACUGAAGCUUUUAGUCCUGGUUUGUCGUGUUUUGUUAAUUAAUUGAUUAAUAAUAAUAAUUAUUAUUAUUUAUUACUAUUAUGUCGAAGGUAUGCUUAUUUCCUGACGUCCUUCAGCAUCCUAAAUGACUUUAGGAAAAUGAAAUCACCUUUUAGCUAAUCAGAUCACAUAUAAUCUGAAUGAAUAACUUUCUACAUUAAAAAUUCAAAACGAUUAGCGUUAGGACUUUUGAAGUUUAAUUCAGACUAAGGUUUAAAGUUAAAUUUGUUUGGGUUAGAUGUUUGCAUUUGGAUUGAGGUUUAAGAUUAAAAGUUUGUAGUAGUGACUCGACUUUUUUGUAGUCAUAUUACUAAAUACUUAAACAGUUAGUUUUAUAAUUCACUUGGUAUUGUUUUACUUGAAUCUUCCCACUGAUGUUUAGGACUGCAAUUGAUCAGUCUCUUAUUGGCAUAUGUGCAUACUGUGCGAAUUACCUCGAUGUUGCCUUAAUUUACAAGCAUUAUAAGCAAAUAUGGAUACUGGAUAGCAGUAAAAUCCAGGACGCGCGUUUUGUUCUAUUUGGAUGUAUCUGCAUCUGAGUUAAUGUUUGCUCCGGAACUCGAACCCAGUACCGUUCGCUUCAAACGCCAUCGCGUUACCCACUUAGCUACUGAGUCCUGAUAGGACGAAGCUCGCGUCUUGGAUCCCACUGCUAACCACUAUCCAUCUUUAGUUAGUUUUAUACUUCCAAUUAUCAAGAAUCUUUAAAUUUCAAUAGUUGAGAUCAUGAGUCAAUUGAAACUAGACCAAAAUGGAAAGCCUGGAAGCAUUGGACGGCCGUUUCGUCCUAGUAUGAGACUCCUCAGCAGCGCGCAUUCACAAUCCCGCCCCCCGCUAGAUUUGAACCCAGGACCUCUCAGUCUUGCGCGUGAGCGCUAGACCACUGAGCCGGCAUCCAACGGUGUUAAUGUCUAACUUCUGAUAAUAAUCUUUAAAUUAUUUAUAAAAACUUAUAAAUCGUGUUAAAAUGCUUAUUUACAAUUAGAAUCCUAUUUGUUUUGUAUUAUUUUUUUAUCGUGGAACGAAGAAAAAAAACUUGCCGAAGUUCGUCUUUCUUAUUCAUUGACCAUCAUGUUUAUAUCAAUUUGAUAGGUUUUGCACACUUCUUACUUUACUCAGUAAAAAUACAAACUAUCCAUUAUCACAUUUUGAAGGCCGAGCAAAAAUCUCAUAGUUGCUGUCUUAAAUCUGAUUGACUAGUCUGUAAAGUAUGAAUUACUGUUACUGUUAUUAUUACUACUGUCUGAAACUUGGUGGUGUCCAUAUUCCGAGAUAAUUCAUAAGUGAGAGGACUUGUAACUGUGAGGUAAAUUUGCUGAAAAUGUUAUACUCUCUUUAGUCUCAGUUAUCAUCAUCAUCAUAACCACAAGUGAUUGACAGUUUGAAAUUCGAUAAUGUAUAUAUGUAUGUAUAGAUAAUAUUUUACAAGGUAAGGUGUAACAACUGCGAAAAGAACUCGUUGAGUUCAGUUUGAAAAUGUUACACGGUGUAACAUCUCUCAACUACACACGGAAUCAAACUCACUGCUUUAAGGUCUUGUGGCUGUCAUGUUACUUUCAAAGUCAUUAAUUCUGCUGAAUACAUAAACUUUUAAUAAUAAUAAUAAUAAUAUUAUUAUUAUUAUUAUUAUUAUUAUUAUUACUAUUUUUACUGUUAUUACUAUUAUUAUUAAUACCUUUUUUGUUUUUAACCCAGCUGACGGUAUCACAAUUGAUGAUCGUUGUUGGCAAAUGUUUUUGGUCAAUCAAAUGGACGUUAAACAAUCCAAUUGUUAUAUUUAUCCUCAUUUGUAUCCUAUUGUAUGUUAUUGUAUAUUUGAUCAGAAUUUACUCUGAUAAUUACUUCUCUUUAUAUAUAUAUAUAUUCGGAGCGGGGAUUCAUUUAUUAAGGGACUCAACUUUCAGCCACUACGUCUCAGGUUUUAGUUCCACCUCACCUACUUUGGUUUGGACAACCGGGUAGUGCUACUGUAGUGAACAAGAACACGGGUGGGGACAAUUGAAUGUAUUUAACACAAAUUACAGGACUUGUUAAUAAAAUCUAACAAUCAUAAAUAAAAUGCUUAACUUGCAAAAUGUCCAUCAAUUGUCUCAAAAUCACUCAGACUUCAUUGUUCUUGCCUUUUCAUACAAAUUGCAUUCUGUUUCCAUUCUUUACUGUUCGAUCCUCUUGUCUCUGCUUUCAGACCUGUUCACGACUAACAUCAUAUACUACUUAUGUCAAUAUAAGUAGCACACACCACACUACUAACCCUUACAUUUAAAGUGUUGCUCAAAGCCAUGUACAUGAAUCUAUGCUUUUAUGGCUAUGAAAUACUAUGAAAACUGAAUAUUUUUUAUCGGACCCCAAUAUUCCACAGUUACGGCGGUUUUAGGCUACAUUCACACACACGCACCCAAAGCUCAUCUUUACCCAUUUUGUACUAGUAGCUAAUGCUAGUGUCCAAUGUUCAAAAUUCUUUCCACUUGCUUCAGCUUUCGGUGGGGUGGGAGUUGUGCUCAGGGUAGUAUCGUCAGGCUUCCCAUUAUCACACACCAACAGCAUAACUCAAAUGCGGUUACAUAAACCUGUACUUAUCAAAUGAGUUGCAUUUAGACUUCUAUUGGACAACACAUGAGUUUGGCCUAACGUUUUUAGUUUUCCGUAAAUUUAUAUGUAUAUGUUUAUAUAUAAUUCCUUAAAUUAUGAAUUAGCAGAGGCUUGGAACCUUUGGAACUAGUCAGACUUAUAACUGUCAUCUGUUUAAUUCGUUAAUCGAAUAUCUCUAAUCUUUGUAUCAUAAAAAUGAGUUUAAGAUUGGUAAACGGUUUUCUCGAUAGUAUUAGUAUGUUUUGCCCUGUAAUCUUUAGCAAAUGAGCGUUAUCUCAAUUUCAACCUCAUUCUUUCUUUAAAAAAUACUUAUUUUAGCAUGAUCUUUCACUGAAUUUCGAAGGUGAUAUCCCUUAUCCUCCAGCUGCUAUACGCUGUUCAUAUGAUCGUUUACAAAUGGAUGCAGCCUAUUUAUUGGAUAAUGGAAUUUAUCUUAUCAUGUGGAUUGGUCCAAAUAUUUCGUCAGAAUGGAUUCAAGCAGUAUUCAAUGUUCAAAAUCCUGAACAUUUUGAAUCAGAAAAAAUCUAUGACUUGUGUAAUUUUGAUAACGAAAUCUCACGUAAUCUGUGCACAUUGCUGAAAAAAGUUCGUAAAAAUCGUUGGCAUUAUUCUCGGUUAUUGGUUGUACGUCCUGGAGAUAAAAGCGAACUAUGGUUUCGACGUUUCAUGGUCGAGGAUCGAUGCAGUGGUAAUUCGAUUUCAUACACAGAAUAUCUAUGUCAUAUUCAUAAAGAAGUAUCCAGUUUACUACAUUGAUAUUAUUGAUGAUAA